GCGUCCUUGACAGGCAUGUUUUGGUAACAGUCGAGUGUCAAACAUGCACAGCAGUUGCAAAUUUACUGACUGCAAACCUGACAAGAGAAGAUUUUAAUAGCGGAGCAUGGAGAGACAAGAGUUCGUCGCGUCUCUGGUGGCAGGGGGCUGUGCGGGGAUGUGUGUGGAUCUGACCCUUUUCCCCCUGGACACCAUUAAGACAAGACUGCAGAGUCAGCAGGGCUUCUACAAGGCAGGGGGCUUCAGGGGCAUCUACGCUGGAGUCCCAUCUGCUGCUGUCGGCUCCUUCCCCAACGCCGCUGCUUUCUUUGUCACCUACGAAUGCACAAAGUCCCUGCUCGGCGCUGGCGGAGCGCUAGCAGCACCACACGUGGCACCUGUCACUCACAUGCUGGCCGCCUCCCUGGGAGAAAUAGUGGCGUGUCUGAUCCGGGUGCCCACAGAGGUGGUCAAACAGAGGGCCCAGGCUUCCCCCUCAUCCACCACCCGCCACAUACUGCUGGCUACACUCAGACAAGAGGGUGUCCGAGGCUUGUACAGAGGAUACGGGAGCACGGUUCUCAGAGAGAUCCCGUUCUCGCUGGUGCAGUUUCCACUUUGGGAGUAUUUAAAGACUCUGUGGUCAUGGAGGCAAGGUCACACGCUCUACUCUUGGCAGUCUGCAGUGUGCGGAGCUUUUGCAGGUGCGGUAGCGGCGUUUGUUACCACUCCUCUUGACGUGGCGAAGACCAGGAUCAUGCUCGCAAAGGCCGGGUCGUCUACGGCGAGCGGCAACAUCCCGCUGGUGCUGCAUGAUGUGUGGAAGAGCCGAGGCCUCUCGGGUCUGUUUGCGGGCAGCGUUCCGAGGAUAACCUUCAUCAGUGUGGGUGGGUUCAUCUUCUUGGGGGCCUAUGAAAAGAUUCGCCGCUCUCUGCUGUAGCAGCUCGUCCUCUGAAUGUCCUGAGCCCUGCUGUCCGCCCGGUCCAGCAGGGGAAGUAGCACCCUCGUCCCCUGGAGGCCCUGUUCGCUGCCGUGCCGCCAGGGCCUGAGAAGCAAGAAACAGUGGUGCUCGGGGAGGAAAGAGUCAGCCACAGACCUGACUUCAUUGCCCAGGGUGCAGCAUUCCUGCUCAUCUGAGCCCUGAGUCUAACUGCCUGAGCUCACACUGUAACUGCAGCAGCAGUUUGGUGAAAUGGAGCCCCACCCUGUCACAUGGGGCGAGCAAUGAAGCAUCUUUAAUGUUCAGUGUGUAUGUAUGUGUGUAUGAAUCAAUGAGUUAUCGUAUUAAAGAUGUCUCUUUUUAUGUUUUGAGGUGUGGUUUGGUGAUUUGGCCCUGUGAAGCUUCCUCUUCGUGGUUUCAUGAUCAUUUUUAGUGUUUUAUCCAUAUUUUUUCUCUGCUAAGCCAGGACACCUGUGUGACCCACUGGGGGGAGACACACUAAUAUCUCACUAUUGUUACAUUCCCGCUGGAGCAAGACUGAGCUCAUCCACCUGCAAGAGCUUUCACUUUAUACUUAACAAUAGAGCACUGUGUUAAAUUAACAAGGCUUUAGUUUUAUUAGGAGCCUCAGGUGUCCUGCACAAGCUUUUGUCUUGCAGUUUGGGGUUUAUCUUUUGUGUUUAUGGUGAAAUAUUUCUAUGAGGUAGUUUGAUUGGAUGUUUGAUUGAUUUGAAGUUGAAGCUCUUGUCCAAUAAAGUCAAGGAGUGACUUCUUAAUCUCAAACCUGUGAGAGUGCUGGCUCAUCCUAAAUAGUUUGAU